CCCAAUAAUUUCUCUCUUCAAAAAAUAUUUAGCCUUUUCUUCAAUCUUAUCUUUAGCUCAUAUUUUGUUUGUUUUUUACAUUCAAUAAUGGACUCAUUCUUCAUACUUCUUUUAUUACUUCUAACUUGCAAUUCAUGCUUUACUUAUAAUCUUUCUCAUUGUCAUUUCCCGGCAAUCUUUAACUUCGGUGACUCUAAUUCUGAUACCGGUGGUUUGUCCGCUGUCUUUGGUCAAGCUCCUCCUCCUCAUGGGGAGUCUUACUUCCACCACCCUGCCGGCCGCUACUGCGACGGCCGCCUCAUUGUGGACUUUAUUGCCGAAAGGCUUGGAUUGCCAUAUCUAAGUGCAUACCUUGAUUCAAUCGGCAGCAAUUUCAGACAUGGAGCUAAUUUUGCGACAGCAGGGUCUACUAUUAGACCUCAAAACACAACUCUUCAUCAAAGUGGUUAUAGUCCCAUUUCUUUGGAUGUUCAAUGGAAUGAAUUCUUCGAUUUUCACCGCAGAUCUCAAAUUGUUCGCAGUAAAGGUGGAAUCUAUAAAAAAAUAUUGCCUAAGGCUAAGGAUUUCUCUCGUGCUUUAUACACAUUUGACAUCGGACAGAAUGAUCUGACCGCUGGUUAUUUCUUGAACAUGUCUACUAGUGAAGUAAAAGCUUAUGUUCCUGAAGUGCUCGACCAAUUCAAGAACAUUAUUUCGUAUAUAUAUGGUCAAGGAGGAAGAAACUUCUGGAUUCACAAUACAGGACCUUUCGGCUGUCUAGCUUAUGUUUUGGAUCGAAUUCCCCUUUCAGAAGCAGAGAUUGAUAAUGCUGGAUGCGGGAUUCAAUAUAAUGAAGUAGCUCAAUAUUUCAAUGACGGAUUGAAGAAACUUGUUAUCAAAUUGAGAAAGAAAUUGCCACAUGCCGCCAUAACAUACGUCGAUAUUUACUCGCUCAAAUAUAAACUCUUCAUUCAAACAAGAAAUCAUGGGUUUAAUGAAUCAUUGAGGGCUUGUUGUGGGCAUGGUGGAAAGUAUAAUUUCAACAAGCACAUUGGAUGUGGAGGAAAAAUUAAAGUGAAAGGGAAAGAAAUAUUGGUGGGGAAACCAUGUGAUGAUCCAACGGUCUGGAUCAAUUGGGAUGGAGUUCAUUUCACUCAAGCUGCUAAUCAAUGGAUUUUUCAUCAAAUUGUUGAUGGUUCUUUUUCUGAUCCACCUAUUCCAUUGACCAUGGCUUGCCAUAGGCAGCCUUUGCAAUAAUUAUUUUCAUGUAAUUUCUCAUUUUUAUGACCUAUAAAACAAUUUUAAGGAAAUAAAAUUGAGUGUUCGGUUGAA